CAAAUUAAAACCGACAGAUCAGCUUCAGUUGAGGGCGAAAAGGAUUUGAAGUGCAAGAAGCGGGCUGGGUUUAUUUAUGUAGCUACCGAGGUUUAUUUCAGGCCAUAAAAGGAUUUGUCUAUCUCUCUAUCUCGGUUAAAUUCGAUGCGUCACGAAAAUAAGGACAAAAAAGUUCAAAUUUACGAAGAAAUGGAUCGAAAGAUUCGCUCUGGAAGCAUACUUUUGUCCCUUCCCAAGGGAUACGCCUGGGGACAAGCCAUUGUUUCACCGUGAUCACAACAUCACAACCCAUCCGCAGUACUCUCACACAUUGGACAGAGGCCGACACGCGCAGAACCUCUCUGAUUUCUGGUGAUUUAUUACCCUGCAUAUUCAACCUUCAGUCCCGUAGCUGUGGAAAGCAGACUUGUCACCAUCGUCCAGUACGAUUUGAUAUUAAGCGAAGACGAAAAAGACUUGGAUCAAACAUAUGUGUAUUCAUCGUCAAAGCUUUCUCCACUCAGUGCUUCAGAAUUCCUCUUUGAAACGCCAGCAGAGGAGGAUCAAAGCGACCACAGUGACCAGAACAGCGUCUUGGCCCUGGAGUCAGACAGCGCAAGCGACGAGGCAGGUUCUUCUACCUCUGCAAGUAAAACGAACACACCUGUCAGGCAAUGCGUCAAGUGA